AUGGCGCCAGAACCGAGGCGCAAGCCGCGCGAGAACCAGUACCUUUUCAACAUUGGAGAAAGAGGAAGGAAAACUGGCAUUACGCUUCCCGACACUGGAAUCCGAGAUGAGAAUGGCUUGGAACCCAUGGAUGGUCUAUUCUCAUCACCAGAGAAACCCAAGAACAAGUCAACUCAGAAGGCCAACGGCGCCCGAAAGAAUGCCAAUGCGACCAUAUCGAGCGAGGAGGACAUGGACGUUGGAGAUAGCACUAUUCCAGAACCGACAGCAGUCCUCACCGACCGGAAACGAGCAAGUAUGCGAUUGCCUCCACCGCGUUCUAAAUCUCCGAUCAAAACAUACCUCGAUUCACCAGCAAGAAGAAACCCCUCUCUCGGCCCCGUAUCGUCCCCGGUCAGAGGCUCGAUCGUGGCUCCUACAACAGCCUCAGUCUCAGCGUCUGUACGGAGGAAGCUAGAUUUCUCGAACGUUAGUAUCGAAGAGGUCACCAUGUCGUCGCCCCAAAAGCGAGCUAGUUCUGCCAUGUCGGGGGGACGACCAGCGAAACUUACCAACGGAUCACGCCUCGCUCCUGUUCGGCAAGCGUACUCAGAGAAUGGUGUGGAUGACGAUCGAGAUGAUACUGGUAUGGAGAACGGGGAGGACUCAUAUCAAAUGCUUGAUGGUGGGGAUGAUGAGGAGGUUGGCCAGGUUGAGGAACCAGAGGAGGAGGAAGAACCUGAACCUGAACCUGAGCCUGAGCCUCCGAAGAAGAAAAUGGGUCGACCGAAGAAGCAAGAUCUGCCAGUAGUCCAUGAGGAAGAAGAGAGGCCGAGAAAGCGAACACGCCAGUCUCUUGAAGGUCCGCAACCUGUCAAGGCCAAGGGUGGCAGACCUAAGCAAUCUGCUCCUCCGGAGCAGCAGCUGGAGGAGCAACAACAACAAGAAGAAGAGAGACCUACGAAGAGAACCCGACGCUCUCUCGAUACCUCUGAGGCUUCUAAGACUAAGGGUGCUGUUAAUCCAUCGAAAGCAAAUCCCACUGGUAGAAAGCCAAAACUGCCCACAAUAUCGGAAGCAGACUCUCCCCAAGUUCAACGUGGCCCUCCCAUGCCCAGAACCAAUCGUGGGCUCGUCAUACUGCGACGAGAAACUCCUAUGGAGGGAAAUGGUUUCAAACAAACCCGCUCGGGCAGAAACUCGAUCAAGCCUCUUGCUUAUUGGAAGAAUGAGAGAGUCGAGUAUUCUGAGGAUGAGAACGAAGAUCAAUACGGCAAGUUUCUGAUGCCUAGAAUCAAAGAAGUGGUUCGCGCCGAUGAAGUCGAGGAACCAAGACGCCACAAGAGCAAAUCCAAAUCUUCAAAGUCAAAGAAGCACCGACCAGAGCUAGAAUCCGAAGAUGAAGAGGAUGAGGUUGAGCCUUGGGAGACGGAACCUGGUCGCAUAUAUGGCGAGAUCCGAAACUGGGAUCCAGAAGAUCAACUUGGCUCGAUGGCCGAGGAGAGGGAGGAAGAGCUUGCCCUUUCCGCAGCAGCUAUAAUCACUCGAGAAAUCCCUGGUGCUAGUUUCAAGUUUGCCAAGACACUUACCCAUCCGUUCUUUGGAUCUGGAAUGGUAGAUUUACCAGCAGGAGCAGUGAAGAAGCCAAAGAAUUCAAGAAAGAUGCAGAUGGUGUUUUUCGUUUUCUCGGGCAGAGUUCAGGUCAACGUCAAUGAUAACGAGUUCAGGAUCGGAAAGGGUGGGAUGUGGCAAGUUCCUCGAGGCAACUUCUAUAGCAUUGUGAAUGAUUACGACAAGCCGGCGAGAAUAUUUUUCGCGCAGGGAUGCGAGGUCCAGGAAGAGGUUCCAGAGGGCCAGUAA